AUGCGCCAUCGACUCACAAAGCGUGCAUGCGAUGAGUGUAUCUCCCGCAAGGUCAAGUGCAGCGGUGCCUGGCCUUGCGAUACCUGCCAGAGUGCCCCUAAGCAAGUCAACUGCACUUACCUGAAGCCCGCACGGAGGAGGGGACCAAAGGUAAGGAGAUAUACUGGUGAGCAGGGAGAAGAGCGCCUGACAACCGGUCUUCUGAUCCCUCCGCAUGUUGAUCCUCGUGACGAGGAGAUAUCCCGUGUGGAAGCAGAGCGACUUGCAUCGACUAUUAUCCCAACAGAAGAACUAGUCUCAGUUGUGCGUUCGUAUCAGCAGGCUUCUUACAGUGUGUGGCCGGUUGUCGAUGCGGAAGCGCUCCUGGACAAGCUUGAACAUGGCACACCGGAUGUGGGAACCUUGUGUCUGGCUAUGGCUCUCUGUGCAGCCACCAUGGCGCAGCUGCAGCUUGCUCCAACGAGUGUUGAUAGCACGAUGAUGGCGACGGAGUGUAUGAGGAUGCGUGAAGCACAUCUCGACUUGAGGAGCGUCUUGGUUUCCUUCUUCCUGCAUGUUUAUCAUGCCAAGAUCAAUAAGAGGGACUCGGCCAUGUUGUUCAUACGAGAGGCUGUGUAUGGUGCUAGGCUGUUGAAGCUGGAUGAGGGUGUGGGUGGACAUGAUACUGAGCUGGAUGCGGAUGUUGUUGCUAAUAAGGAGAUCGUGUUUCUAUUGCUGUGGGUUUCUGAAAGGGGCUAUUCUUUGCAUCUUGGUCUCGAACCCUCGUAUACCACUCCUAUUCGUCUACCAGAUGAGGUCGAUGUCGGCAAUAAUGCAGAUGUGAAAGGCUUGCUGGAGCUCGGCAGACUCUUUGCCACAUUUGACGGAUUCUCCUCCAGACGAAGCACCAACGCCAGUGAUAAACUGGUAUUGACGGCGGAUAGUCUGGCAGAGACGGAGACAGUCUUGUCGAUGCUUUCGUUCGGCCGAGGCGACAGACCGUCCACCCGUAUUGCUGAUUACUGCAUCACGAAAGAAUGGAUGAGGACCAUCAUAUGGCAGAAAGCUCUGUCUCGGCAUCUGCUCUCGUCGAAAUCGGGUGCUCGACUUAUGACGUUCAGGUUCCCAGCCGUGGUCAGCCGUGACCUCCUGAUGUCGUUGCAAAGCUUUACUGAGUCUGACCUGUUGCCAUUGGGACGCGACCAGCUAUUGAAGUGUUUCGAGAUUGCCAACUCACUCGCGGAUACGGUCCUGCUCACGCCGUGUGUCCAGACAUGCUCUGACUUUCAAAUGCGGCCGCAUGAUUUUCUGCACGCGUUGUACCAGAAGCUGCUACCUUUCCUAGAGCAAGACUUCAUGCUGAAGUCGAUACUGCAUAGUAAGACGGCCGAGGCUUUGGUUAAAGCCCCUGCGCGCAUAUUGAGAAUGGACUAUAACCCUUGGUCAUUCGAUCACGAUGGGGAGUACGCUCACAGCACUGGAAAGCAUGUGGACUCUCCUGAGGAGGACGCUGAUUCGCACUGGAAUCUUUAUGGAUAG